AUGGUGAGGCUUCCACUUCACGUGCCGGAACAGGGCGAAACGGACGUGAGGAGGAACAACGCGAAACGCAGGGGAGGACAGAACGGAGUCGAUUUGAAGGCGGACGGAACAUCAUCCGGUGCUUGGCCCGGAUUGAAGAAGUACGGCCUGAAGGAAGGAGACGCUGAGAAUCCGUUCGCGCUGGUAGGGCAGACAAAGACGUGGAGCCUGUCGGAGCACCCAGUCAACGAACAACUGGCCGGGAUUGUUCGUGAAGCCCAAAGGACGCGGCUGACAGCACAGUGGGCCGCAGUCAAUCGGAGGCUGAUGAUUGCGGUGAGGUUACAGGAUCCGACUCAAGGGGGGGGGAAGAACCACAGUCAGGGUGAUCGUCGGGUUUACACUAACUCAGACAGGCUUCUGAGGGCUCCGUUUCGCUGCGUGGCUGGGGAACCAUGGAUCGGGCUUCAGUGGCCAUGGCUCGCAAUUGUUCUUUGGGCUUCUGUGGCCAUCGUGGGUCGGAGAAGACACGCGGUCGAAUGGCUACUCCGGAAAGUUUCAACGGCUGCACAUCGGCCGUCUCCAACACAGCAAGCGAGGAUGGAGACGAACAGAGAAGCCGGACGAACAAGGGAACUCGGAGAGGGGACUAGUGGGGACUGGAGAGGAAGUUGUCUAGACUCUGACCGACUCGACUGGUCCAACACAGAUGCAUCCCCCCAUCGGAUAGACAGAGCUCCAUUCCUCUACUGCUUUGUGAACGCGCUGUGCGACCCCUCAAUCCCCGUCGUCAUACCCCUUCAGGGACCAAGUGGCCGGAGCUGUUGUGCUUCAAUGCGUGAGGGAACGCAAGAGAUUGAGAAUUUCGCCGUGGCACUGCUUGGGUACUGGACCGCGCCCCCAGUUCUGAUGAUGACAAUAUUGGCUACCUUCCUAUCUGUCCAGCUCGACCGCAUCAAGAAUGCUAUUCGAGCGGGUGGAAGAUUCCAGGGACGUCAUUCCGCCACGCUGGGGACGAUUCUCGAUGAGAUUUCGGUAUUCUUGACGAGUCGGCCGACUGCUGAACUUAAUUGA